AUGGAGGAUUUUUUGCUUCCUCCUAGAAUGUUCGCCGCCGGCGAAGAACCACUUGGAGAGCGCGUCAACUCGUAUCACAAGUUAAAGAGGACCGAGUUGCUAAUCGAGGCUCUAGAACCGGAUGAGUUAGAAUUUCUGAGAAAUUCUACUUUUGGAAAGAUUCUCGCGAUCGAGGAGAACCCUCCGUUUUCAGGUGCUUUUGGCCAAUAUGUCGUUGUUAGGCUUCAGAAAGUGAACAAAAAAUACGAGGUUUGGUUCAUCUUCGCGGGAAGCCCAGUCAGAAUGUCACUCCGGGAGUUUGCUAUCGUCACCGGAUUAAACUGUCGGAAGAUUCCAGAACCAACUAAGAAGAGGAAAACCCCUCUGAAAGAGAAGCUGUACUGGAACGAACUCCUUGGCUCGUUGAAGUUCUGCACUGUUGACACAGCCAUCGACAUGCUGAAGAAAAAGGUUGUGAAGAGCAAAGAGGCGCGGAUUAAGUUUGCUUGCCUUGCAAUCACGUCGUCGAUUCUAUUCCCGUCCUCACACACACCUCGCAUCAUCCCGGAGCAUGUCGAACUGAUUCGAGAUCUAGACGACUUCCUCGCAUUCCCUUGGGGCAGAGCCUCAUACCACACGCUUGCUACAUCUCUUAUUUCAAAAGAUGAAAUAGCAUUAUCGCAGGCGUCUGUUGCGAUUCGCGGUUACGUUGAUGCUAUUCAACUAGUUCUUCUUGUCGCCAUCCCUCAGUUGAAGGAAGAAAUCACACAGUCUGAGCGCACUGUUAUUGUGGAUUCCGAAAGCGAGAGCGAGAACCCGAAUGAAGAUUUAGCGUUAGAGGGUGACAACGCGGUGCCGCUAGCAGAACCUUCAGAGGCGACCAAGUAUUGUCUUAUCCCCGGGCAUGCUAAGAGUAUAGACAUUGAGUGUCAGGUCACUGGCAAGUCUAUUAUAGAUGAGCCGUACGAAGAAUGGUCUGCUGGGCUAGAUUUCUCGUGGGUCGAUGAGUCCGAGGAUUUUGCUGUAGAGAACCUGGUUCGACUGAUUGGUGAGGGUUUUUCAUUUUGUAAGGAAAUGUUCAAAGGUGGUCUAAACGCAAGUGAUCUUUUGCGUUUGAGGGGAGUGAAAAAACUCAAGGAGAAAGAACCGAAGGAAAAAAACGACAAGGAUCACGCCGCGGAGGUGACAGAUGGCGAGGGUCCCGACUCUCAAACCCACAUUUUAAUAGCUAAUUUGGUUGCGUCGCAGCUACUUGACAAGUCCAGAUCUCCCGCCUCUGAGCUACGUGAUGAAAUCAGCUCACUGGAGAAGCGUAUUUAUCAAGCACUGGACGCCAAGAUAGAGAAAAUUGCUUCAUCAACUAUUCAAUCACAGCAGUUAGCUAGCCUUCAGGCCACCAUCGUCGGAUUCCUCCAGGACAUUGAUAAGAAGAUUGGCGCUGCCCUGGUUGGUCAAAUGAAGAUCAUGCAAGCUUCGAUACUCAACGCAAGACUCCAUUCCCCCCCUGUCAACGGCAACCCUCCAGUCGUGCCUGACACUAGUACCCCAUCUGAAGCUGCUGAUUUUCGCAUCAGCGAGGUGCUGCGUGAUCUGAACAUAGUACCUGACCAUUCUCUCCCUGCAAACACAGUUGAUAAUCUCGAUGCUGAGCUAGACACCGCCAACGGAUCAUCGUUGCAUACCUCAAUUGUGGCUGACUCACAGCUCCAGGCUGAGCAGAGAGAUGUGCAAGUGGAGGAUCUAGUAACAGCCAACGACAUCACUGAACAUACCGUAAACAACUUAGAUGAUAACAAAACUCUGGACCUGAUGCAUAUACCUUUUUAUCUAGACGAUAUGCCGUCUUUCUCACUCGGGCUCUCGCAGGAAGAUGCCCCCGUUGUGGAGGAGAUGCCCAACUCGAUUAACUACGUUUCACCACCCAUGGCACAUGAAAAAGAGGCACCGGAGCCGCGCAAGAGCAAAAGGUCUAGGAUAAUCCCUGCUGGACUUCAAGACUACAAGUGUGAUCCAAAGGUCAAUGCAGAGCAUUGCAUUAUCCCUGAUGUUGACCACCGUUUUACGCUAAUGGAGCAGAAGGUUAUGAAGGAAUCGGAUAUCAAUCUUCCUAACGGAUACUCCCUGUCAUCGACUGAGUUCUUAGAUAUUGCCUAUCGUAACACCAUAUUACCUACGGGGGUCGUUGACGCCCUUAUCGGAUUCGUGUCUCGUGGCCCCAUGGUUGGUCCAAAUGUUGCCAUUUACGACACGACCCUUCCAGUUGCUCUGAUGAACCACAACAAUCGGUUUGUGAAGUCCGCAGACAAAGACCGUUCCAAGCUUAAGUUCGCUCAUGUCCCACUGGAGAAACACUUGGAGAGGUCGCAUGAGAGGAUAUAUUUCCCAUUUAACAUGGACAAACAACACUGGGUUGGAGUUUGUAUCGAUACCAAAGCGUCCACUCUCCAUGUCCUGGAUUGCAACACCUCGUUUCGAAGUGACAGCUCGCUGAGGAAAGAGUUAAACCCUAUUGCUACCUUCCUCCCAUACGUUCUUAAACAGUUUGGCUUUUUAGGAACCAACGCCGGUGUCAAGGCCUUUACCGUGUCCAGAUGCAAGGGAAUACCGCAGGCAAUCACUCCGCGUCUGCUUCCAGACGCAGCCAAGCAAUUGGCGGUCAAAUUCUUCGAUGACAUCUCUAUCUAA